CAGAAAUACCCAUUUUUUAUAUAUAUAUAGAUUUAUUUAUUAAAGGUAAAUUGAGCCAAUUGGCUAUUUCUGGCAAUGUAUUUAAGUGUGUAUCAAACUGGUAGCCCUUGGCAUGAAUCAGUACCCAAGCAGUAGCUCUUGCUUUGAAACAGGUUGCUGACCCCUGCUUUUAGGCAUAUGUUGUGAUUUUUCUGUUCCAGUCCAUUGUUGAUAUUUGGUGUCCAUCAUUUUGCUGAAGUCAAGUCGGUGGUUGUCAACAUAUGUCCACUUCCUGCACGUCUUUCACAACAAAGCACUUUUGUGUUCCUCUCCUUCGCCACUGAGCGACAGAACGGUCGUGCAGGUGAGAUACGAGACUCGCAGCCGUUUGUAAAACUCCUUCAGAGUGUGAGAAAGAACAGCUCUGGACGUGAUGAAGACACAAUUAGACGCUGAACUAGGACGGGGCUUUUAUUGUGGAAGCGAGGUGGGCGGAAAUGAGCAGUGUACACGAAGGGGGGAAAAGGCGUGAGGAAUCACCUGCGUGUAUCGGCCGUGGUUUCGUGCUAAGAUCCGCCAAACCAAGAACGACAACAACCUUCGCCAUCCAUCCUCCAUCAUCCAUCUUUAUCCACCUCCUCCACCCUCCACUCUCCACCUAUUCCACGCUCCGCUCGGACGACGCCACGGGCCCGCCGGCUGCGCGCAAGCGUGGGAGCAUCCAGCGAUGCUCCAUCCUCCGCAUCCACAAUAAAGGUGGACGAUGAGCAGGUGCGGCGCGGGAAGACGUCACCUUCCUUCUCAGCGUCCGCCAUUAUUAUCAGCAGCAGCAGAAUAUUUAUUGCUGAGGAUUCAUGUCAAGAGAGGACUUUGAGCCACCAGGUGUGAAGUUGGCCAAACAUUCAAAUAAUUGGCCAGUUUGUCUUGGUCCGCCGUCGCCAUGGUGCCGCCCCUCCUGUCCACGUUCCUCCUCUGGCUCCUCCCCCAGGCCGCCGCCGCCUUCGCCACCUGCCCGGCGAGCUGCCGCUGCUACAGUCUGACGGUGGAGUGCGGCUCCACGGGCCUCCAGAGCGUCCCCAAACACGUGCCCCCGCCCACUCAGACGGUCUUCCUGCAGGACAACGUGAUUGGUCAGAUCCGCCGUCAGGACCUGGCUCUUCUCCGACACCUGCACUACCUCUACCUGCAGAACAACACCAUCUCGGCCGUGGAGCCCGGCUCCUUCCAGAACCAGGCCAAGCUCUUGGAGCUGGCUCUGAACGGGAACAGGAUCCACUUGGUGACGGCCGACAUGUUCCAGGGACUGGAGCACCUGCGCAUUCUUUACCUGGCGGGGAACGACAUCACGCGGCUGCUCGACCACACCUUCCGUGGCUUGCAGCGCCUCCAGGAGCUCCACCUGCAGCACAACAGCAUUGAGGUUCUGGCCGACCAGGCGCUGGUGGGUCUGACCUCGCUGGCUCUGCUGGACCUCAGCAGGAACCAUCUUCACACCAUCGGCCCGGCCACGCUGCGACCACUCGUCAGUCUGCAGGUGCUCCGGAUCACAGACAACCCGUGGCGCUGCGACUGCGCCCUCCACUGGUUGCGGAGCUGGAUCGACGAGGAAGGCCAGCGGCUGCUCAGCACGGCCGAGCGUCGCAUGGCGUGCUCCGAGCCGCCACGUCUGUCCCACCUGAGCCUGGUGGAGGUGCCGCUCAACAGCCUGGUCUGCAUCCCCCCGCUGGUGCAGCUGGAUCCCAAGCGGCUGGCGGUGCGUCUGGGCGAGAGCCUGCGGGUGUCUUGCCACGCCUCCGGCUACCCACGGCCGCAGGUGACGUGGAGGAAGGCGACGCAGGGAAAGGCGGCGCCGUCUCCCAGAGGUCUGGUGCAAGAAGUGGGGGGCGGAGCCAGAAGCGCGGGCAGAGCCGAGGAGCCCUCGGAGGGCGGCCGAGCGAGCGUGCAGAAAAGCAACGGCGAGCACUUUGACCCCGACACGGGCAGCGGCAUGCUGUUCCUGAGCAACGUCACCGUGGCCCACGCCGGCUUUUACGAGUGCGAGGCGUGGAACGCAGGGGGCGUGGCCAGGGUGACUUUCCAGCUGGCCAUCAACUCCUCCUCUUCCUCCUCCUCCAUCUGGGCCACCUGGUCGCAGGUGACCCCUCCCCACUCACGCAACUGGCCCCGCCUGAGGAGCCCCGGCCCCGCCUCCGACGUGAGCCGGGAGCCCCUCUAUGCGCUGGGCAGCAUGGCUUUCGGCGCGCUGGGUGCCGCCACGCAGACGGCCAUCGCGGCGGGCAUCUCGCUGCUGGCUCUGACGGCGCUGCUGCUGGUGGCCAUGAUCUACAGCCGCCAUCAGCAAGGAGACAAGGAGGCCGACGCCGCUGACCAGGAGGAGAGCAUCCUGUACGUCAACGACUACUCGGACGGCCCGACCACGUUCGCCCAGCUGGAGGAGUACCGCGACGAGCGAGGCCACGAGAUGUACGUCCUGAACCGGGCAAAGCCGGUGCUGCCCCCGGCCCCGCCCACCACCAGCCUGGGCUGCCCCGCCCCUUCCGACACCAGCAGCCUCAGCGCCUCCUCGGGGGCGGGCCAGCCGGCGAUCCCGCCCCUCAGUAAGCAGCUGCAGGCGGACGGUGACAUUCGGACCAUGAGGAGAAUGGCGGGGGAGGGCGGGGAGGCGGAGCCGGUGAUGACGUCGGAGGGCGAGGGGAUGUUUGUGAACCACACGGGCUUGUUUGUGGACUCGCAGAUGGCCUACGAGAUCCACUGCUGAGGCCACAGCACACCUGCUGGUCACAAUGAGAACUGCAACAGGAAGCUGACACUGUGACCUCACACGCCAAAAUGACUGGGGGCGCUUUUAUCAGAACCCCCCCAGCAGGAUUAUGUUCUGGUAGACGUUAUUGCUUCUCUGGCCUCUGGGGGCACUGUUGAGCAGCUUGGUCGCUCUAUCGCUUUCUUUAUGAGUGUUUCCCCUUAUUGUUGUGCACGUACCUGCGCCGCGUUGUCCUGACCGUGCUUUUAAAGACAAUGUCAAAGAGCCCCCCUGAUUUUCCAUCCCACCAUGCGUUUUGUCGGCCGACUAUAAGGUUGUGAGUUCAAACCCCGGCCGAGUCAUACCAAAGACUAUAAAAAUGAGAGCCAUUUCCUCCCUGCUUGGCACUCAGCAUCAAGGCUUGGACUUGGGGGUUAAAUCACCUAAAUUACCGUAUUUCUUUGAAUUGCCGCCAGGUAUAUAGUAUGCGCCUGCCUAGAAUUUCCACCGGGUCAAACUCGUCACGUCACGAGUGACACUUCACCUGUCAUCAUUUUCAAAAUGGAGGAGGCUAAUUUGAAUCAUUUGAAAUCGCAUAAAGGGAAGCAGAUUAAGAGCUAUUCAGUAGGAUUUAAGGUCCAAGCUAUUGAAUAUGCUAAUAAGAACAGUAAGCAGCUAUGUUUUAUUAAUAUACCGUAGCUGCGUGUGUCAAAUAUGAGUCAUUAAAUGACUCCCGCCUCCUGGUGGUAGAGGGCGCUAGUGAUCCUUCUUGCGACUACUCGGCUGCAGAAGAAGUGACAACAAGCAGCAAGAGUGAGCAGCCAUCCUUUAUUUUUUCCUCUUGCUUGCACUUUUAACAUGGAGGAUUACAUAUCUAAAAUAAAACUGUUUUCUAAACUGGACUUUCAAUCGAAGCAGGAGGUAAUUAAGGAAGAUCUCCAUCGAGACAGAGAGACUUUUAAAACUGAAGAAAGAUAAGGAAGACUUCUAUAAACAAGUUAUCGAUGCUUUUGAUCAGAAGGAGCUGCGUAUGGACUUCAUUUAUAAGUAAAGGUAAGACCAUAAUAACGUUUUUUUUAAUUAAAUGUGCUUUUCAUGAUAGUAUCCUUACAUCACACUCAAAUGUAUAAGCGCAGGCCUAAAUUUACCGCAUGCCUUUGGUAAUUGCCGGAGUGAGAAGAAGUUUUAAAUUAAUUAGCGCCCCGACGGCAAUUCAAGGAAAUACGUUAUUCCCAGGCGUGGCCACCGCUGCUGCUCACUGCUCCCCUCACCUCCCAGGGGGUAAUCAAGGGUAAUGGGUCAAAUGCAGAGGACACAUUUCCCCACAUCUAGUGUGUGUGUGUGUGUGUGUGUGUGUGUGUGUGUGUGUGUGACUAUCAUUGCGACUUUAACUUAGCUUGACCUUGUUAGCAUGCCGCAGCCCUCCUGGGUUUCAUGUUUCCUUGUUAAAGCCUGGAUGUUUUUUUUGAGGUCAUUUUUAUUUGAAUGAUUUUUAAUGUUAAUGUUUUUGUCUCCCAACGAUGCCAACAUUUCUUAUCCUAAAAAGGAUCUUUUUGUGCAUCCACACUCACUGUGAGGGUGUCGCCAAUAAACAAACUGCUGACGAUG